AAAAUGUAGUUGCAGGAAGAAGGGCAGGCAAGCUCUGCUCUGCCUUGUGGGUGUUGUAGUCUCUCUGCAGGCUCUUUGCCUCGGCAGCAAUAGGAAGCUGGACUCUAAUUCCCAUAUCUCCCACUAGAGUCUCCUGCACAGGCUCAGAGCCCAUAUGCGAGGAGGGGGUGACCACAUUGUGUCUAUUGUAUGUUUUUUCUUCUUUUUUUUUUUAUUUUUUUUUUUUUAAUUUUCCCUUGGCAUUUUUUACCUUUCACAAGAGAUUUAAAUCGGAAGUGAAAAGCAUGGCAGAUGAGCAAGAAAUAAUGUGCAAACUCGAGAGCAUUAAGGAGAUCAGGAAUAAGACUUUGCAGAUGGAAAAGAUAAAGGCACGACUGAAAGCAGAAUUUGAAGCCCUGGAGUCUGAGGAGAGGCAUCUGAAGGAAUAUAAACAGGAAAUGGACCUGCUGCUGCAAGAGAAGAUGGCCCAUGUGGAGGAGCUGCGACUGAUCCACGCUGAUAUUAAUGUGAUGGAGAAUACUAUCAAGCAGUCUGAGAAUGAUCUUAACAAGCUUUUGGAAUCUACUCGUCGCCUGCAUGAGGAAUACAAGCCCCUAAAGGAGCACGUAGAUGCUUUGCGAAUGACUCUGGGAUUGCAGAGGCUGCCAGAUCUAUGUGAGGAGGAGGAAAAACUGUCCCUUGACUACUUUGAAAAGCAGAAGGCAGAAUGGCAGACAGAGCCACAGGAGCCUCCCAUCCCAGAGUCUCUGGCUGCAGCUGCAGCAGCUGCCCAACAGCUGCAAGUGGCUAGAAAACAAGAUACCAGACAGACAGCAACUUUCAGACAACAGCCACCUCCAAUGAAGGCAUGUUUAUCGUGCCACCAACAAAUUCAUCGGAAUGCGCCCAUAUGUCCACUCUGCAAAGCAAAGAGUCGAUCCCGGAAUCCCAAAAAGCCCAAGAGGAAACAGGACGAAUGAAAUGGAGAAGAUUGCCAAGCUGUGUGACCUGUUCCAGUAAUCUUCCAGUAGAACUGCAAAUGUGCCCAGACUUUACUGAAGUGCAGAUUCAAGUGUGACUGUCUUAUUGUCUUCUAUUUAAUGCAAUAUAAGCACAAUGUUCCUGUUCUAAGUUCCUUCUGGUCCUUAGGGUUUGGUUUCAGGAAAGUAAGUAUUACUGGUGCUACAGUUUAACAUUUCAGUUGUUCCAUCUUUUGGACUCCUAAACAAACUGAAAUUCUUUGUGCAAGUCAGGCUAUUUCUGUUGGCCAAAUGUGAUGACCACAAAUGCUUUUAUGUUCUCUCUUUAAAAACCAGAUGUUACUAAAAUUUUUUUUCUAUUUUCUCCUGAUAACAGGAGACUAUUUGAAGUGCUGAAAUAGCAGUCUGUUUGUUUCACUGAAAAACAAACAAUUUGUUUUCCAGGCUGGUAAGACUGCAUAGGUUUGUGUAGCCAGUAGAACUCUUUUAUACAGGAAAUGUUUAGGGGAAACAAGAUAGGUUAUACAGAAAAUCAGUGCAUUAAUGACACACAUGAAUUUUGAUUUACUGGAGUUUGAUUGUACCAUUCCCUGAAACUUGACUUGAAACUUGGAAAGUUGAUGGCUAUGUAUGAAUUUCUAAAAAUUAUGUGAUUUGUUGUGCUUCAGCAUCUUAAUAGGUUAUUAUUUUCAGCAGUCAAAAGACUGACUGACUUAAGAACAAGGCUCAAGUGAACUAUAUUAGAGGUCCUCCUAGGCUCUAUGGCCAACCUGCACAUUGUGGUUCUCUAGGUAACAUGCAUGAAAUAUCCCAGAUGUCUCUGUGCACAGACUGCAGCAUCAGCAAUUCUGCUGUCUUCCUGGCUUCUACAGCCAAAGUCUCCCCUGGCAGACUUAUCCUCCACAGGAGCAUAGGAAAGUUCAGUAACAUGCACGAGGAACAGUGUCAACUAAAAAUUAUGUAUUUCACCGGAACCACUGGGCUUUGGUGUCAUCGUCCUCCCUUAACCAAAACUUUCUAUUUUUGUGUCCCUUAAUAGUCAUUUGCAAGUAAGCUUUACUUCAGGCCAGUGUUUUUCCUGCUCUAUGUGUGCCAAAAGAACCCUGACUAAGGCGUCCAGAGUAGACCCCUCCCUGGAUCCAUGUCUUCACUUUGUUUCACCCAAUGUAACAACAGUUCCUCCAAUGGGGAGGAUGACAGUGACCCACUUACAGAAACAGGGCUUGAAAUUUACUCAUUUCCAAUCCCAUUUUUGUCACUGCCUUCAUUGUCUAAAUUAAUCUUGAGUAUUAAAUAUUCUUUUCACUAACUUCAGGAAGCAGGAACUGCUUGUUCACAUUCUUCUCUCUUUAGCUCAAGUUCUUCUCUACUAUUAUGCUGGAGUAGUUAUAUUGAAAAUUUGGCUUGUUAAACAGGAAGAACAGGGCACUGGCAACUGUAAUAAAUCCACAUAAUGCAUUUUUGCUGGCCAAAUCACAUAUGCCAUCAUUAAUUUCCCAAGUCUGCCACAAAGUACACGAGUGAUUUAUUGAAUAUAGUCCUGUAACUUAUGCCAAGUUCAUGAGGUAUUCUCUCAUUUUAAUGUUUCAUAGCCAUAUGAACAUCUGUCAACAGCAGAGACAGAAUGUGGACCAUGUACCCCUGAAAUUAUGUGAAGAGCAGAUUCUGCUAGCUGAAUUACUGGGAUUUGGUCUCUCUGAGAUAGCAAUAAUGGAAGAUAGUCUGACUCCAUGCUCCAAAUGGCAGUAAUGCAUUAUGCAUGUCUUGUAGCACAGAUAAUGGAUUCUGCUGUUGAGUGUCAGUGGUCACAUGCUGUGUGUCCUGUUCAGAGCAGUUCCUAGCAAGUUGAAGGGAAAACGUACACUAAGAUAAAAGUACGUGGACUCCCCCAAAGUACAUGCAUGAGAGCAGCAUACUUUGAUGGUAGUUGUACAUAAAUUUAAGAAGUAGUGACAAUGGAGCAGGCAAAUGGUCUGCAAUGAAGUAGUGCAAAUAGAAGGAUUGAUUUGUAGUAAUUUUGACUUAGAGUUCUGAAAUAGGGUUAGUCAUGGUUGCUCUCACUCAUUGUUAAUUUACCAGGUUCUUUCUUUCUUGGGGGAUCUCUAAACUGAAGUAUGCUUAAGGAUGCACCACUUAACUGAUUUAGUACAACAGUCUUGUAUUUUUACUUUUUUAAAGUAGUCUCUUGUGCUCUUGUGUUUAAGAAGGUUAGGGGUUUUUUUAAAAAAAGAGUACUGUGUUUGCAUCAAUGAUGUACUAGUAUUUAGAGAUUUGUUUGCACAUCCUUUACGAAGUUCUGCCAUAUGAAUAGCAUGCAUUGCUGAAAACAAGCAUAACUGAAGAUGAGUCAGCAGUGCCCUGGCAGCCAGAAGGGCCAGCUGUGUCCUGGGGUGCGUCAGGACAGCAUCACCAGCUGGUCAAGAGUGCUGAUUGUCUCACUCUACACUGCACUGGUGAGGCCUUGAGUGCUGUGUGCAGUUUUGGAUGCCUCAGUGCAAGAAGAACAUCAGACUAUUUAUAGUGUUCCGGAGGAGGAGGGUGACCAAGAUUGCAAAAGGUCUCAAGGACAAGACCUCUGAGGAGCGGCUCAAGUCACUUGGCUGGUUCAGUUUUGAGCAGAGAAGGCUGGAGGGUGUCUUCAUCACAGCCUACAGGUUCCUCAAGGGGGAAGCAGAGGAGGAGGUGCUGAUCUCCACCUUCUGAUGACCAGCCACGGGACAUGAGGAAAUAGAGUGAAGCUGCAUUAGGGGAAGUUCAGAUUGGACAUUAGGAAAAGGCUCUUCUUUAGGAGAGUGGUUGGUCCCUGGUACAGUGACCCAGGGAAGUGGUCGAGGCACUAAGCCUGUCAGAGUUCAAGGAGCACGUGGAUGACACUCUUAGUCAUAGAGUUUAAUGCCAGGUAGUCCUGCAAGGAGUGGGGGAUUGGACUUGAUGAUCCUUAUGGGUCCCUUCGAAUGUGAGAUGACCCUAACUAUUUCAAGGAGACAGAAUAUGUAUUAUGUAUUAAGGGAUCAUGGGGGUGGGAGCAGGGAGGGAGGUAGUGUCUUUCAUAAGGCAAGAGUAUUCUUUUCUCUCACAGAAUAAUGACAUAAGUUUAAGUGAAGAGCUCUUCUUGUGACAGCCCUGGGCUCUUUUCUCCCAGGCAAAUUUCUUCAGAGACUAGAGGAAUAAUUAUGAAAUAUUGAUUUCUUCUUUUUUAGACAGAGGAGGAAGCUGUCUGAAGUACAGUUCUCACCACAAGUCUACUGCUUUUUUGCUCCAUGAAUUUUUUUACUCUUCUUUUGUAGCUAAGGUCUUUGUGGAUACUUCUUUGUUUGGCUUAAAUUUAUUCUAACUUGGGUUCAAUUCUCUUAAUAGUCACAAUGAGACCUUCCACAAAGCUUGCAAGACUUUUAUAUUUACUAAAAUCUGGUUUAACCCUGUCUUUAUCAUUCCUUUUUUAAAUGGGUAUUAAAGUGACAACAAAAUAACUGGAUCCUCUUGGUACAGAUGGUUUUCCAGGAUCUCCUCCUGAUUCCUCACUUGCCUCAAAUGAUAGUCCUGUUGUUCUGCAACCAGACACCACAAAAACCCCCCAAACAAAACAACAAAAUAAACCCCAAAAAAACCCCAAGGCUUUUCACCCUGCCACCACUUUGAGCUCAUGGUAAUAGGAUGUGAACACUGUACUGUGUCUAAAUACUUUGUUAUAGAAAUUUUCAUACCCAAGCUGAGAUACAUCAGUUUUUUAAACUUUGGUGCCAAGGACCCCACUAACUAUAGAGAAAAUACUAAGGCGAAUUUUAAUACUUGCACUUCCUGAAUUCCACAUUCACUUUCUAAACACGACCUGACCUAACCUGACAGUGGCUUCAAGUUACAGAAACUAAAUUUGAAAGAAUAGACAUGGAUGUAUUAUCUAAACAGCAUGCUAUUAAAAAAAGUAAGACUUCACUAGCACUUUAAGUAAAGUGCUUUAUUCCUUUAUUUUGCAGUUUUCAAAUUCCUCCAGCAUAGGUUUACAUUUUAGAAUUUAUGUGUUUUAGCAAUAUCUGGUGUUUUCAUUGGCUUCUGUGUUUUAAAUAUUUUACUCCUGUGCCUUGUGGGAGUAACUGUUUAAUUUGUCUGUACAGUCCUUUUUAAUAAAUGUUUGUUUCAUGUCAUACUUUCUUCCUGCACAUCUGUCAUUUGCUUAUGCUACCAAGAAGCAGCCAUAUCCCAAAUGGUAAGACUCAGCUGUCUUAAUUUUACAGGAUGCAAUUAGCCACAAUUCUGUUAUACCUUUACAGAAACUUUGUGGACAUAAAUAUGCAAAAAGAAAGAUCCCUUCUAAUGAGCUUUAGAAAACAGAAAGGAAAAGGAGAUAGUACAACAGGUUUUAACAUAGCCAAACUUCUCAGUUUUGCCUUCUAAAGUUAAAUUGAAAGCAGCAAUAAAUAUGAUUCUCUCUCCAACUUAAAGAAGAGGAUUGUCUUCUCAAGAGUCCUGCUUUGUCAUUAGGAGAUUAUAUCUACCAGUACUUGCUAGAAGUUGCUUCUCCAUCAGACUGGUGAGCACUCCUUAAUCCAACUCUCUCAGGAAUGCCCACAUAGGCUGUACAGUGCUAGCAAAGGAGGUAACCUACUGCAUGGGAAUGAAAACAGUUUUGAGAAAAAAUGUAAUCCACUGGCAUAGCUGGAUUCAGAGAAGAAUGUCUAUCCCAGACCUCACAGAGCACAGAACCUGAGAUUGGUUAAAUAUAAAGGAAGUAUGAUUUUUUUUUCAUAGGUAAUGUCUUCAAAUACAGAUAAACCACAAAAUCUAACAACUACCCUAAUCUUUCCUUGUACCAUAGUUAUUCCAAGACAAAACAAAUAAUUUUGACUUCUGUUGAUUUUGUUUAGCAAUCUGAAUUGUUCAGAUUUUGAAACAUCCCUCAAUAAUUUCUGUUCAUCCAGAUGCUUUUUUCAGUUCCUUAAUCCUAAUCCCAGCUGUAACAUUACUUAGAACAGUAGUCACAAAGCUAAUACACAUUCAUAGCUUCCUAAGAACUAACUCUGAAAUAUUCCCUAUAACUGACAUCAGCUUCAGUCAUAUUUGCCCAAGCUUAGCAUGAUCCUGCCAUAAAAUGAGCUGCAAAACCCUGGAUCUUCCGCAAUCUAAUAUUAAAGUGUAGCAUUAAAAAUCGUCUAAUAUAUUAUAAUUUAAGG